GACGCCAUGAAGCUCCUCCUCUUCCUCCAUUAACCGACCCUCACAGGCUGACUGUUUCCGGUCGGCCUUAAUCCGCCCUGCCGCUUCCGUCACACAAACAAAUGCGGCCUCUCUGACAGAAAGACGGACCGCAGCAGCUCGAUGGGGGACAGGCCAGCGGGGGUCCGGCUGCUGCCUGUUUCCGGGACGGACGCGGGAGGCGAUCUGCUGAGGCUCGCGCCGCUGAUGCGGGGGGAACGGUGAGGGCGGCGCGCGCGCGGCGAGGCGGCGGACUGCGCUGUGUUCUCCUGCGGCAGCACCACGGACAGCGGCCAUGACUCGGAUGCGCAGGAAGGCCAUCGUCGCCCUCUUCCUCUUCACACUCUUCAUCUUCGGGACCAUGAUGGGGCUCAGGACGCUGAAGCCCAGCGACGGCUUCUCGGACCUGGCGCCCGGGAUGGACUUCGCCGAGGAGAGGUCCGACAGGAAGCGGCCGGACGGGAGAGGCGCGCUGGCGUCGCCGGGCCAGUUCCGCUCCGGCGGCAGCGACACCAAGGUGGUGUUCACCAAAUCCGACCGAGACUCCAGCAUCUUCUACGACGUCCACAUCUUCUACUACCUGUGGUACGGCUCCCCCAGCAUGGACAACCAGUACAUCCACUGGGAUCACCCGCUGGUGCCCCACUGGGACCCGAAGAUCGCCGCCAGCCACGCUCAGGGCAGACACACACCCCCGGAGGACAUCGCUUCCAGUUUCUACCCUGAGCUGGGGCCCUACAGCUCCAGGGACCCAAAGGUGCUGGAGUCCCACAUGGCGCAGAUCGAAGCGGCUGCAUCAGGAGUGCUGGUGUUGUCAUGGUACCCACCUGGGGUGGCAGAUGACCAUGGGGAGCCCACUGAGGAUCUGGUUCCUGCUGUCAUGGAUGCUGCCCAAAGACACAGCAUCAAGGUGGCCUUUCACAUUCACCCGUACAAGGGACGGACGGACCAGAGCAUGCAUGACAACAUCAAAUAUAUUAUUGACAAAUAUGGAAACCAUGGCGCCUUCUACAGAUUUAGGACUAGCACAGGGCAAGUCCUACCACUGUUCUAUGUCUAUGACUCCUACCUUACCCCACCCGAAUCCUGGACGGAGCUCCUGACAGCCAAAGGCUCACAGAGUAUCAGAGGGACGCCUUACGAUGGCGUUUUCGUUGCCCUGGUUGUGGAGGAGCGCCACAAACAUGACAUCCUAGCCAGCGGCUUUGACGGCAUGUACACUUACUUUGCCUCCAACGGUUUCUCCUUCGGCUCCUCCCACCAGAACUGGAAAGCCAUCAAGGAGUUCUGUGAUGCAAACAACCUGCUGUUUAUCCCCAGCGUCGGUCCAGGCUACGUGGAUACCGCCGUGCGACCGUGGAACAACCACAACACCAGAAACCGGGUCAACGGGCGUUACUAUGAGACGUCCCUGCAGGCGGCUCUGUCUGUCAGACCAGAAAUCGUCACCAUCACCUCCUUCAACCAAUGGCAUGAAGGUACUCAGAUAGAAAGGGCUGUCCCCAAGAAGACAAUGGCGCGUUUAUAUUUGGACUACUUACCAAACCAAGCAGACCAUUAUUUACAGCUUACUCGUCAGUGGGCCGAGACCUUCAGCAAGGAGAAAGACAAGUGGCUGAUGUGAACAAGGCUUCAGCUGCCUGGUGGAGGCUUUGAGGAUCACUGUGAGUCUCAGUACAUGAGCUCCUUCUGACUGUUGACUGGUGAUUUAUCUCGCCAACAUUUUCUGCUCAGUAUUUCUUCGUAAACUUAAAAAAGUACAGUUACAAAGAGAAGCUGUUUUUCCCUUUCCUAUUUUACCAAAAUAAAGACUGUUAUUUCUUGUACUUUCUUUAUGACCAAUUAAAAUGUCUGUUUACUGUUG